AUGACUACCACGAUUACAGUUCCCAAGGAAUAUGGCUAUGUUGUUGCUACAACAGCCUUUACCUUCUUCCUUAGUUUCUGGCAUGGCGCACGAGCCGGUAUGAGUCGCAAACCGGCGCAAAUCAAGGCCCCCAAGGCAUUUGCAGACAGCGGUGACAUGGACAAGGCUGUGGACAAGCAGCAUAUGCAGGCCAUGCACAUGUUCAACUGCAAGCAACGAGCCCACUACAACUACCUCGAGUACCAGCCAUCGACGGCGUUAGCUAUGCUGAUCGCAGGUGUCGAGUACCCUAUGGCCUCGACAUACCUCGGCAUUGGAUGGAUCGUUGGAAGGAUAAUAUACGCCGUGGGAUAUACGGACGCUUCGAAAGAGGAUGGAAAGGGUCGCAUCUAUGGAUACGCAAUCAGCCAGCCUCUGGCUUUCGUCAUUUGGGGCCUUGCUGGUUGGAGUGGAUACAAGCUCACUUUGUAG